UUGAGGUCAAAACGUAUUUUGGCCCUUGUACCCCAAGAAAACGCUCAAUCUGAUAUAAGUGGGACAUCGAACUCUGAGAAUGAGCUUGAAGACGAAGUGUACAACUUUCAAAGUCGAGCUUCUGAGUCAUCUGAAGCACCAUCAAUUGACUCUGCUUUAGAACGGCUCGAUAUAGAUUUUUUCGAUGACAAUUAUCCGAAUACGGCUCCGACUGAUCACACAGGAUAUGAUGAGACUGACAAUUAUGAUGAUGACCACCAAGAAAAUAACUUUUCACUGACAUCCAUAAGUUCUUUACCAACACUUUCUCCAAUGUCAAACAUACCUUCUAUGACGCCAUCAUUUAUAAUCAACCAAGUAAGUGACUCUCCCCAACAAUCUCCAUGUAAUUCUACUUCAACACCUCUUCCAAAUCGUUAUACUCGAAAAAGACGCCGUCAGCAAAACUCGAUCUCGAAAAGACCUUGUAUUGUUACUAAAAAUAAGAAAGUCAACCUCAAAUUUCAAUGGUCAAGCGGACGUUUUCGAUUUCGUGCCUAA